AUGUCGGAGCCCUCAGUAAAUAGCCGCUCGGAGCCUGGGCCCUGGAGAUCGGCCGCCUACAUGACGUGGUGUCAUCUCUACCCUGUCCCAGUGACUCACCCCGGCACUGAUGCCCCGGCCCCGCCUGUCAUCCUCCUCUGGCCGGGACGCUCAGCAUGGCAGCCUCCUAAACCCUCACGGCUCUUAUCGCACCUUUUUCCUCCACAGGGAUCAACUUUUUAA